ACUCCGCUGUGUGAGACGUGUCGCCUGAAACUUUUCACCACCCGAGUGUCGCACCGUUUACAUUUCUCGCCGGCACCGCGCGAUACUAUGCCACGGCCUACACGUGAGUCUUACGGUGACCAAAAACCACCCUUUUCAUACAUAGCUCUCACUGCUAUGGCGAUUUGGAGCUCUCCGGAGCGCAUGCUGCCGCUGUCAGAGAUCUACCGGUUCAUCACGGACAGGUUCCCGUACUACCGGCGCAACACGCAGCGUUGGCAGAACUCGCUGCGGCACAACCUCUCCUUCAACGACUGCUUCGUGAAGGUGCCGCGCCGCCCCGACCGGCCCGGCAAGGGCGCCUACUGGACGCUGCACCCUCAGGCCUUCGACAUGUUUGAGAAUGGCUCCCUGUUAAGAAGACGGAAGCGCUUCAAGUUGCAUAAGGGUGAAAAAGACAGUUUGAACGCAGAAUUAGCAGCGCUCGCAAGUUUUAACAGAGCGUUUUUGGCGCGUCAAGCCGGUGCUCCUCCAUCUGCACAGAGUUUAGCGAAUGGAGGUCUAUACACUCCUACCUCUACGUUUAUGUCGCGGCCUAGUCCGGAGCCAGUGGAAGCGCCAGACACGGCGGCGCUGUUGCCGGCAGGCCCCCGGCCGCGGCGGGCGUUCACGAUAGACGCGCUGCUGGAGCCGGAGCCGCGACGCUCGUCGCCGUCGCCGUCCCCGUCGCUGCCGCUGCAGCCGCACUGUCCGCUGCCGCUGCCACCGCCGUACCUGCUGGCCGCGCAGAGGUACCACGCGGAACUACUGGCGAGCCUGCAGCAGUCAUGUCUUCCGCCGUUAUGGACCUGGCGGGAUACGAGUCAAUUUUCACACUAUACACUUAAUUCAUGAAUGGUAAUGUUAGCGUCAAUAUAAAGACAGAUCUCAAAGUAGCUCUAGUUAUAAGAAAAAGUCUAGAGACAGUUCAUGUUAUGCAAAUAAAUUAAAUUAGAUGAAUAAUAAAGUGAUGGCAGCGUUAAUGACGGCGGGGACAUGUGCGCUUCCUACUGCACUACAAAAAUACAUAAAGGAAACGGUGCGUCUGUUACUGAGAUUCUCAAUGAAUAAACGUCAGCUAAUAAAAUAUAUUUUUAAUCUGUGAUAUUUAGUGUAAGCAUAGACUAAAGUGUGUAUGUACAUAUCUAUGGACUAUAUAGCGAUAUGUAAAGAAUUAUAAUAAAUAAAUUAUUAAUGUAGUCAGUAGUUGAACAGAAUAUAGCGAAAUGCGUUAACUGUU